UCCACAUGUCUCAUUGUCUCACAGAGCUCUCUGAUUGGCUCACACUGUGGGAAACCUCAACCAGACCAAGACCCACACAUUCAUAUGGAGAUGUGGGACUAUAAAUAGGAGGGAUGAAACCAGCACACAUCACAUUCUCUCUACACAGACCUCUACAGCUCACACAUCCAACCAUGGCAUCUACAAUCACUGCAGCAAUGACCAAUUCUCAGGAACAUCUGACUCUGACCCACAAGCUCAGAAAACCUCUGGUGGAGAAGCUCCGCAGAGAGCGAAUCAACAGCAGCAUUGAACAGCUCAAGUCUCUCCUGGGUCCAGAGUUCCUCAAACAGCAGCCAGACUCCAAGAUGGAGAAAGCAGACAUCCUGGAGAUGACAGUUUGUGUCCUGACACACAUGCAGCAGCAGAACCAACAGCAGAGAACACUGCUCAAGAACAUCAACAAGCUGCAGCCUUCCUCUGAAAACAACCUGACAGAGGCUGACUUCUCUCCUCUCAGCUCCACAGUCCAGAGCAGCAUCACCAAAGACAAGAGUCCAGUCAACAGCGCCCUCUGGAGGCCGUGGUAGACACCUGCACACUGGACUUACUACCAGACAGCAUCUAAUGACCACAUUGGUCAAAGAUUACUGGACUGAAUUCUAUGAAUUUCAUGACCUUGUUCUUCUCUAUGUACAGAAGGUUGAUUUGUUUUUAUUCUUUGUGUAAAACAACAUUUCCUGAGGAAAUGACAGCAACAAUAUCUUUCAAGAUAAGAAAGAAAACAUGUCAUGCAACAGUCAAGCUGAAUAGACCAUAUUGGUCAAAGAUCAUUACAACUGAAUUCUGUGAAACUGAAUAACUUUUUCUUCUGUAUGUACAGAAGGUUAUUCAUUUAUCUAUGUGUAUUUCACAUUUCAUGGAGAUAAAUAUUUCAUAUGCAAAUAGUCAACCAGGGCAAAAUUUUCUUCAUAUUGAAAAAGACAAUUUGUCAUUGUUGGUGUAUCAGUGAAAUCAACAACUAUGCAAAUCUUCAUUUACUACCACUCUGUGUAAAACUGUGCAUCACUUUGUGGUGAUACACGAUGAAAGAAAGUUUGUUAGUUCCUGACUUGUAUCAUUUUAUAAACAUUUAACUGUCCUGUAUCUGGACAUCUUUUAGAUGCUUUAAUCCCUUUAAACAUUCAGCCCUGAUCUGUUUUCAGAUCAGAAUACACAUACUUCCUUUGUUCUAAAAGGAUAUUUUAUUCACAUUAUUUUUUGUCAAGCCACUUAACUUUGUUUUUUCAGAAAAUGUGUUGACCUUUCUUGGUGUUAUCUUGCUCACAUCACUUGGUGAUGAUUUAACUUUGAUCUGUUUGAAGGUCAGUUUGUUUUCUGCUAUGAAGUGCAGAUUCUGCUCGUUUGAAAUAUGUUUUAUGUGAGACUGAAUAAUGAUUCAUCUCAGAAUGUUUGUGUCUUUUGCAAAGACAACUCUUCCUCAACUCAGUUUGAGUUCAGUGUCUUGGAGGUGUUUCCAAGUUACUGUUGUGAUGGAUCAUCACAUCUAUCUGCCUCCAGCAGUCACUUUCUAAAACAUUCACACUGAUUUGAUCUCAAUAAAGAAAUCAAUGAAGUCAAAUACA